ACUAUCUGUGUUUCUAGGGUAUGUACUAAAGUUUGCAAACUGGACAAUUAGUUUAUAACCACUUUCAUCCUUGCAGAUGACUUGACAGAUAUCUGCUGCAUCUGUGGACAGAAAGACGAUCCCAAAGAGAAGAAGAGCAUCAUUUGGAUAUCCUGUGAUGUGUGCUUGAGGUGGUUUCACCAUGUUUGCUGUGGAUGUCCAAACACAUCAGCAGCUUUUAUUUGUAAGGCCUGUUGAGGGAAGAUGACUUGUUGAAGUUUUUCACAACUGCAAUUUGUUCAGUGUUUAUUUACAGGUGGAAUUACACCAAUUGUUGUUAUACUAUUAUUUAUUUUAGAUUUUUAAAAAUAAGCACAUUGUAUUUAUGUUGAAUACUUAUCUUAAUUGAAUGACCUAUGUUUAAACAACAUGUUCUUGAAAGUUUGACAGUAUCUUUUAAUUUUUAAGCCUAAAAACGAUUAUUCGUGUGGUGUUUUGUAAUAAGGCAUCUGUAAAUUUGUCUAGUUUUAAUUUUUGUCCAGCCAAUAUGUCUGUCUAUGGUCUUCUUAUGUUGAAGCUGUAAAUAAAUAUUAUCUGGACCAAUUCAAAGUAUGUAUAAACAUUUUACUGUUGUGGUAAAAGGUGUGAUCAUUCAUUUCUAAUAGGCAAGGGAGAGAAAACAUAAUGUUAAGUUAGGGGACAUUAAUGGGCAAAAACAGCCAUGUUUUUAUAAACUAAUAUUCAAGUCCAAGUGAUGAUUCUACUAUUUCAAAGAGAUGGCACCAUUCAUAUCACCCAGUUUAACACAAGGGGAAACGUGUGUGUGUAUGUAUAUAUAUAUAUAUAUAUAAUCUCGGAUGAGAGCACAGUUGCAAAAAAGUGAGACAGCUUCGCCGAAACACGUUGUUUGAGCUUUCACGGUGUCCGUAGAUCUCCUGCGGCGCAAGCAUGGCGCACUGGUUACGAGCGCUAAACAAGCACGCGCCUUUUUUGCCACGUGAGCGGCAAGGAGACGCUGGGGAAACCGUAUGUGAUGGGGAAACGCGAAUCGACGUAACACCGGCGUUCCCCACUGACCACACGUCUCAGUUGAUAUAGGGGAAUGCACGUAACUGGACAUUCACCUUCCUCCUCAUCCUGAAGGACCAUUCUCGUGAGCUGCUAGAGGAGGGGAUUCUCACCCUGAGCAGGUUCCCUCACAAGACGUGGGGGGAGCCUUUUCAGAUCGCCACUAGGUGGGCACGCCGCAACUUGGGGCGGCGUCUUACUGAGGCCACCAUCUCCCAGGCCAAGCAGGUCAUCACUUCAUUGCUGGCUGACCUGGGCUAUGUGGAGGAAGAGCCUCGGGUGGAGGUAGCGAGUCAGGCCGGCAGCCAGGGACCGACAUUGCCUCGGCCCUCUUCCAGUCCCCAGCCAGGGCCCAGUAGGAUCUGGGACUGCCACCCCAGACUCUUUACCGGGCCAUCCAUCGAACCGGACAUUGCAUAUGGUCUCGGUGGGCACAAUGACGGAACCCAUCAAAUCAGGUUGGUCACCGGCACCGGACACACCUCAGGGAGGGGUAGAGACUGAGCCCCCUAACCACCCUCCUCCUGGGGAUCUGACCACUCCUGCCAUCCCGCUUCCACAGAAGCAACGCACAAAAUGGAGGCACCUGCAGGUGGACACACCGCAGCAUUUGGACUCGGGGGAGGAUCUGCCACCUCCAUGCCAAGAGGAUGCCCCUCUGCUCAACCUGGCAGAACCUGCACUGGAGCCCCCUACAGCAGCUGUGCACAUCCCGGAUAUGGUUUCCUCCUUGCUGGACUUAACGAUGGAGGAGUUCCAGGAAUUUAUUGAGGGGAAGGACCCCACCCCUCCUGCAGCUCCUCCAUCACCACGACACCAGCCCCGAGGACGACCUACCUUACGGGACCUCCGGGAUUUUCGCCUGCGGCCUCUCCCUAUUGCCACCAGGGCGGCGACUUCCACCCCGAACACUAGGAGGCCCACUCGACAUCCCCCAACACCCAACAAAAUGGACGACUGGAGUCUCACCAUCUCCAAAAAGUGGGUGGUGCUGGGGGAUUCGAAUGUGACUCGGUUCCCCACUUAUGAGGCAGCGGACCUACAGGUGGACGGCUUCCCGGGGGCCAAAUGGAAGCACGCCGAGGCCAUCCUGCUGAAAGCCACCAUCACCUGUCCGGUGGAAAAGCUGGUUCUCUCCUUCGGCCUAAAUAAUAGGAGCCAGAGAGCCAAAAGCACAGCUCUGAGUGAACUCCAGGCCACCCUCAGAGUUGUGUCCCAGCGCUUCCCGGAUACUCAGGUGUUCAUACCUGAGAUCAACAUUGGACCUCUUUUGCCCCAUCGGGAACAGGCCAUGCUGAGGCAUCAGAAUGCCUUCAUCCGGACUCUGCAGGUUGCCAGCCCUUCAGGACGGGUUUGA